AUGUUCAAUACUACAACGACUUUACCUAAUGAUAUUCAAUCAUUUGAUUGUAAUUUCAUCACCAAUAAUACCCCCAAUUCAAAAUUACCAAUCUUAGUAUAUAGAAAUAUCAUUAAUAAAUCAUAUCUCUUAACUGAAUUUAAUCAAUUGAAUGAAUCAGAUAAAAUAUCAUUAAUAAAUGAAACCCUUUUGAAAAAUGGUUGGAAAGCUGAACAAACUUGGGGGGCAUAUACUAACACCCAUUAUCAUUAUAAUGUCCAUGAAGCAUAUUUCAUCACAGAAGGUUCAUCAACUUUAAUCCUUGGAUUAGAUGUUAAUAUAGUCCCGGAAGAGACAACUCCAGAACUCCUCUCUCAAUCAAAUCAUAUCGAAAUCGAAGUCAAAUAUGGUGAUUUAAUAAUCUUACCCGCUGGAACAUCCCAUUGCUCAAAAUCUUUCGAUGAGAAAUAUAAAUAUAUAGCAGCUUAUCCUAUAAAUGGACCUAAAUGGAAAUCAAUCUCGAAAUUAAAUCUAAAAUCAAUUUCAAUGGAAACUAUUGAUGGUUAUAAAGAUAUCGCGAAGGAAGUUGCUUUACCUCCAAAUGAUCCAAUUUAUCAUGAUUCAAAAGGUGGUUUGGUAGAUAUUUGGAACUCAUACAUAUGA